AUGUCUGUCCAGCACAGCACAACACAUCCGGCGGGGCCAAGCGGGUUGCGUUGUUCUGAUGAGGGGUCUAGUCUCGGCUACCUCCAGCUCGGUGUGGCCUUGCUCGUGUGGGCAUGUCUUGUCUACCUGGAGGACCGGCUCGGGCCAAUGGGCACCCUCUCUGUCGCCUCCCCAAGCCCACCCCAAACCGGUGAAAGCCCCGCAGCAAAAGCUUGGCGCUGGGGCUGGUCUAGGUCAGUGGCCAUUGGGUCGUUCAUGCCUGCACGCACAGGUAGUACCUUCGUGGGCCUGGAGUAA